GCGUCCGGCUGUGUCGCGCGGCCACGGCCAUGGCUGGAAGCGAGCCCCGCGGAGCCGGCUCCCCGCCGCCCGCCAGCGACUGGAGCCGCCUGGAGGCCGCCAUCCUGAGCGGCUGGAGGACCUUCUGGCAUGCGGUGGGCAAGGAGCGGGCGGCGCGGACGGCGCCCCGGGAGGAGGCGGCGGAGGAGACCAGCGCGCUGACGCGGCUGCCGAUCGAUGUACAGCUGUAUAUUUUGUCAUUUCUCUCUCCCCAUGAUCUGUGCCAUUUGGGAAGUACAGAUCGGUACUGGAAUAAAACUGUAAGAGACCCAAUUCUCUGGAGGUAUUUUCUGUUGCGGGACCUUCCUGCUUGGUCUUCUGUGGACUGGAAGUCACUUCCAGACCUAGAGAUCUUAAAAAAGCCCAUAUCUGAGGUCACCGACAGCAAGUGUUUUGAUUACAUGGAGGUUUAUAAAAUGUGCUGUCCACAUACGAGAAGAGCCUUGAAAGCCAGCCGUCCUGUGUAUGGAGCUGUCACCUCUUUUCUACACUCGUUGAUCCUUCAGAACGAACCCCGAUUUGCUAUGUUUGGACCAGGUUUGGAAGAACUGAAUACAUCUUUGGUGUUGAGUUUGAUGUCUUCUGAGGAACUUUGCCCAACUGCUGGUUUGCCUCAUAGACAGAUUGAUGGUAUUGGAUCUGGAGUCAAUUUCCAGCUGAGCAAUCAACAUAAAUUCAACAUCCUUAUAUUAUAUUCAACUACCAGAAAGGAAAGAGACAGGGCAAGGGAAGAGCAUACAAGUACAGUUAACAAGAUGUUCAGCCUACAGAGUGAAGGAGAUGAACACCAAGGAAGCCGCUACAGUGUGAUUCCGCAAAUUCAGAAGGUGUGUGAAGUCGUAGACGGCUUCAUCUAUGUGGCAAAUGCCGAAGCUCACAAACGACAUGAAUGGCAAGAUGAAUUUUCUCGUAUUAUGGCCAUGACUGAUCCAGCUUUUGGAUCGUCAGGAAGACCAAUGCUGGUUUUAUCUUGUAUUUCUCAAGCGGAUGUAAAAAGAAUGCCCUGUUUUUAUUUAGCUCAUGAGCUGCGUCUCAAUCUUCUAAACCACCCAUGGAUGGUCCAGGAUAUAGAGGCUGAAACUCUGACUGGUUUCUUGAAUGGCAUUGAGUGGAUUCUUGAGGAAGUGGAAUCUAAACAUGCAAAAUGAUGUUCCUUUUGGACCUUCAGAAGCCUCAGGGCAUGACGUGGUGUGUGUUUCCCGUCGUCCAUCCUGUUCCUGCAUUUCUGUAGGAGGGCUGUACACAGGACAGCUAUGGCUGCCGUGAUCCUGACUCUCGACCAUAAAUCAGUUGCAAGUUUCAAUCAUA